GAUGAAAAAGAAACCUUUUCUGAAAUAUAUAUAUACUCAAAUCUCUUCAUAUCAUCUUCAACAACCACUUCAUGGCGAGUAAACUCAAGGUUGAAGAACUCCGAGCCGAGCUCCAAAAGCGCAGCCUCAACACUACUGGCACCAAGCCUAUCCUUGUACAGAGGCUUGAAGCGGCCAUUCUCAAAGAGACCAAUCAAUCCAAAAACGAUUCUUCUGGGGACAAACGACCGAGAGAACCCAACGAUGGAGUUGAUCCAAACGGGUCUGAAAAAAUCAGGGCCAUGGACAAGUUUCGGUCCAUGAAUGUUCAGCAGCUUCGAGACCAGGCAUCUCUUAAGGGAAUUUCUGUUAAUGGGUCUAAGAAAGAAUUACUAGAAAGACUCUGUCUUGAUUCAGAGAAAAAAGAUGAGGUUACUAGUAAUGAAAAGGAAGAGAAAAUAGUUACUGCUACAAAGAAGGGUGCUGCUGUAUUGGAUCAAUGGUUGUCGGAUGAUAUUAAGGCUCAAUUCCAUGUCUUACAGCAGGGUGAUGAUAUUUAUGAUGCAACUCUGAACCAGACAAAUGUAGGAGAUAACAACAAUAAGUUCUAUCUCAUCCAAGCUUUAGAAUCUGAUGGUGGUGGAAGAUAUAUGGUAUAUAACAGAUGGGGUAGAGUUGGUGUAAAAGGCCAGGAUAAGAUUUCUGGCCCUUACACUUCGAAAGAACCUGCAAUCCAGGAGUUUAAAUCUAAGUUUUUUAGUAAAACUAAGAAUCAUUGGUCCAACAGGAAAGAGUUUAUCUUUCACCCAAAGUGCUACGCUUGGUUGGAAAUGGACUACACUAGCCAAGAAAAAGAUUCACCCACUAAAAUCGAUACUGGUGAAACUUCUUUGAAUUGUGAGACAAAACUGGAGUCAACUGUUGCAAAAUUCAUCUCUCUUGUCUGCAAUGUCAACAUGAUGAAGCAACAAAUGAUGGAAAUUGGAUACAAUGCUGAGAAGCUUCCUCUUGGUAAACUUAGCAAGUCCACUAUUUCAAAGGGAUAUGAUGUAUUGAAAAGAAUUGCAGAUGUAAUUGGUCAGUCAGAUAGACAAAUUCUAGAGCAAUUGAGUGGGGAAUUCUACACUGUCAUUCCUCAUGACUUUGGGUUUAAGAAGAUGCGAGACUUCGUCAUUGACACCCCACAGAAGUUAAAAAGCAAAUUGGAAAUGGUUGAAGCACUAGGUGAAAUUGAACUUGCUUCGAAGUUGUUGAAGGACAAUACAGGAACUCAGGAUGAUCCGUUAUAUUCACAUUAUCGACGCCUUAAUUGUCAAUUGGCUCCUGUUGAAGCUGAUUCAAAGGAAUUCCUUAUGAUUGAUAGGUACAUGAAGAACACUCAUGCAAAAACUCAUUCAAAAUACACGGUUGAUAUCAGUCAGAUAUUUCGGGUGUCAAGGGAGGGGGAAGAUGAUCGUUACAAGAAGUUUUCGAGUACAAAAAACAGAAUGCUUUUGUGGCAUGGUUCUCGCUUGACAAACUGGACUGGAAUUCUAUCUCAAGGCUUACGCAUAGCUCCACCUGAAGCACCUGUAAACGGAUACAUGUUUGGAAAAGGCGUUUAUUUUGCAGACAUGUUCUCCAAAAGUGCAAACUAUUGCUGCGCAAGCAGCACGUCUCCUGUUGGCGUAUUACUCCUUUGUGAGGUGGCACUUGGGGAUAUGGCGCAGUUACUAACCGCCAACUGCCAUGCUGACAAUUUACCCGAGGGAAAAUUGAGCACGAAAGGUGUUGGCGUAACUGCCCCAGAUGAUUCAGAGUUUGAAACACUUGAAAAUGGAGUGGUGGUUCCUCUAGGAAAACCGAAAAAACAAUUGAGCCAAAAAGUAUCUCUACUUUACAACGAAUACAUAGUUUAUAGCGUGGAUCAAAUAAGGAUGCGUUACGUUAUUCAAGUCAACUUCAAGUUUUAGCGGUCAAAGUUCACGAGAUUUCAUCAGAUUGGGUCGGUUCAACUGUUUGUAUUGCAUUAUUGUAAAUUGUAAUUGUUUCUUUUUUUUCAAAUGCAUGUUGGAAUGUAAUGUAAUGUAUUAAUAUCUACUGAUAGAGUCUUGUAUAAUAGAAUAAUGUUUCAAAAAUAUGUGAUGUUUAAUAUUUCAUCUUAAUUAAAUAAAUAA